AUGUCCAAUGAAACCAGGUACCUCAUAGUCAUCGAUGAUGUAUGGACAAUAGCAGCAUGGGAUGCAAUCAGGUCUACGUUGCCAGAUGGCAAGCCUGGCAGCAGAAUCAUUGUGACCACUCGGAUAAAGACUGUGGCCAAAGAAUGCAGUGAUGUUAGUGCUACCGAACACUACAUCCAUCAUAUGAAGCCACUUACAGAUGAAGACUCCAAUGAGUUGUUUCGUAGUAGAGCAUUUGGCUCCUCAAUGGAUAAGGCCUCCCAUACCAAGGAGAUGGAAAAUAUAAGUCACAAUGAAGAGCUAGAAGAUAUAAUGAAGAGAAUUCUAAAGAAGUGUGCUGGGUUGCCAUUGGCCAUUGUUAGCAUCGCCAGCCUCUUGGCGAGCUACAAAUAUCCGGAGAGGAAAGAUAUGUGGGAAACUGUAUGGAAAUCAAUUGGUUCACAAAUGGAGAGCAACCCUACCCUUGAAGGGAUGAGGCAGAUACUCACACUCAGCUACAACCACCUACCUUAUCACCUCAAGGGUUGCAUGAUGUAUCUUAGUAUUUUUCCAGAGGAUUUUGAGAUCCCUAGGGAUCGGCUCUUAUACAAAUGGAUUGCAGAAGGAUUGGUCGAGGAGAAGCGGGGUUUGACUUUGUUGGAGAUUGCAGAAGGUUAUUUCGAUGACCUGUCGAGUAGGAGCAUGAUUGAUUCAGUCUUGUCCCUCGGCUACAAUGGAAAGUGGACAUCAUGUCGGGUGCAUGACAUGCUGCUUGAGGUCAUGGUAUCCAAAUCCUUGGAGGCAAACUUUAUUAGCCUAUCGGGUGGUCAAUAUGAAGGGAUGUCAUACGACAGGAUUCGUCGCCUCUCGGUACAUGCAGGAGCCAACAAUGACUCAACAUCCAUGAACGGGGGGGCAUCAGGAAGGCGUGGUAAGAGAAAUAGCAUGGAGAGGUUAGAAGUGCAGCAGGUUCGUUCACUAAGCAUUUUUGAUUUCCAAGAGAAGAAGCUACUUGAUCGGCUAGGCCAGUUCACCCUACUGAGGGUACUUGAUCUGGAGGACUGCAAGGGCCUGGAAAACAAACAUGUGAAGGAUAUCUGCGGGAUGUACCUCCUAAGGUUCUUGAGUAUGAAGGGUACCGAUAUCAGUCUGCUGCCUGAGAAAGUGGGUGAGCUAGAGCAUUUGCAAGUGCUUGACGUGGCCGGCACACUGCUUCUCAAGCUACCAGAAACCAUGACAAGGCUAGAGAAACUCGAGUAUCUGAGAUUCCGCCAUAGGGCACAGUGGUACACUAUGUGGACUCCUCCUGUUGGGAUCCGUAAAAUGAAAGCACUGCAGAAUAUUGAUUGUGUAGUUAUAAAGGAUGUUCGAGUUGCACAAGACCUGGGUGAACUAGGAGACUUGCGUGAUGUAACUAUCUUUGUUGAAGAAUCUAGUGGAAGUACUCAGGCUAUUCUUGAUGCACUUGUCAAGUCCAUCAGCAAGCUGUACUCCCUUCGAAGCCUCGGGAUUGGCCGCUUUAACAAGAGGUCGAUCAACUUUCUCAAUGCCAUGCCGUCGCCACCGAAGCUCCUCCAAUAUCUUUACCUGGAUGGUGCCAUGGAUGAGUUUCCCCACUGGGUCCCAUCACUGCACAAUCUCGUUGACGUUAACAUUAUUGGCUCAUGGCUUAGAAUGGACCAAGUAUAUGGCGUCCUGUGCAAGCUGCCCAUCCUGCAGAGAAUCAACAUGUUGGAUAAUGCCUACGUUGACAAAGAGCUGGUUGCACGUACUACCCAUAACUUUCCGGCGUUGAGGGACCUCUCAGCUAACUGCCGGCAUACCGAAGUGGUCAAAUUUGAGCAUGGGUCCAUGGAUAUGCUCGAGGAGCUUUAUUUGCAUUUGGACGAUUAUGGGAGGAGAAUUGUUGGCAUCCAGCACUUGAGGAAGCUGAAAAGGGUGACGAUCGCUUGCAAUAAACACAAAAAAUCUGCAGUGGAUGAUGUACUGGAUAACCUAAAGUGGGAUAACAAAAGGCGCCUCGAGUCCAAUCAGUUGCAGUUCACGGUCGGAGUGCAAUACAAUUGAGUCAUCGCUCUCCUCUUGUUGUUGCGAGUUGGUCUUGCUGAGUUUCUAUUAAAGUGGUUAGUGCAUGCGUGGAGUUAGUGCCCAUCUGGCCGUGUG